AUGAGUGAUGAAGAAAAGAAUUACCUGAAACAACUGGAUUACAGUGGCAAUCAUUACCUUCUUGACCCAUCUCUGAAUACUCCUCCUCCCACAUCAGGCCUUAAUUUUGCUCUUCCUUUUCGUCCUUCAAGGAAUAAAAUCCCCACUUACCCUGGGAAUCCUGACCCUGGUUCAGGGGUACCUUCAUAUCCCUGGAUUCUCAAUUCUCCAGGAGCCCUCCUCCACCACAGUCCUAGUUUUACCAUAACUACUUCGUCAGUCCCCUCUCCUCCUCCUCAGAAAUCUUCCUACUUUGUCCCUCCCUUGAGUAGACUUGAAGGACCUUUUAUCCCACUCAGUGCUCCCAUGCCUAUGGCUACUGAGCCUUAUAUAGCUACACCUCUUGUAGUUACACCUACUACACCUCCCAACCCAAAGCUUAUUGCGGUUGAGCCUGGGCCCCUAGAGCCUGAUGACGCCGAGCCUGCUGCUUCAGAACCUCAGCUUUCUUGA